AUGAAAACAGCAGGUAAGAGACUCAGCGCAUUGGUAUCGUUUACAUUCAACCCCACAGUCAUUCUUCUUUUGUCUGUGUUUCUAUUUUCGUUCUUUGUAACGAAGGCGCCGCCUGUGUCUGACCUGCGAAUAAGAGAGUACAAGGCCUAUGGAAGAACACAGGUGGUUCUUUUUGAGCCGAGCAUCGACCUCUCGAGCCAAUUUCACUUCAACCUCAAGCAGGUAUUUGUGUAUGUAAGAGCCAUUUAUGGAGGGAGAACAGACAAGUCGGAGAUAAUCUGGAGUAGAAUUGUUGGGUGGAACGAUCCCCAGAAGCUUAGGGGGGUGUUUAGAAGCACAUACGACAUAGCUGGGGAUCUUUCCGACAAGCCCUGCUUCGAGCUUCGGGGAUGCUACUUCCCUCGUGUUGGAUGGGUCAAGGAUAUUCUCUUCUGCAAGACAGCUGUCGAGAUCUAA